UUACAGUUGCGUUUUGGAAUAGUGGGCCAAUCAGAAGUCUCGGUACAUAUAUCCGCCCUACGACAUAUCGGAGGGUGUGCAUGUCUAAUGAAUAAUUAAAAAGGUCAUUUCGAGGAAUAUAAGAUUGGGCACUGGUAAUCGUGUUUAUAGAUGCUCAUUUUCCUAUAAAUCGAUCAUUGUGUGAUAAGUGCAAGCCUUUUAACACUGGAGUUGUUGAUCUUGUAAAGGAUUAGUGGACUUCGUUGUGUGAGGAUGUUUGGUAGCCAAGGAGAGCAACCGAAAGAGCGGUGUUUGGUGCCUGAUAAUUUUCCGGUGGUACUGAAGAAGCUGAUCGAGAAUAACAAUAUGAAAUUUCUGGAAAGCAACCGCGGGAAAAAUGAUAAAAAGAAACUAGUGGAUGCUGAAGAGGCUGGUAGUCCAUUAGAGGCAUCUGCGUCUCUCACACCUGCUAUAUGGGACAAGACUAUACCUUAUGAUGGAGAAACUUUCCAUUUGGAGUACAUGGACUUGGAUGAAUUUCUGUUGGAGAAUGGAAUCCCAGCAAGUCCUUCACAACUUGAGCUAAACCAGUCCGUCGAAAACUCACUUGUUCCUGUUGUGGAACUCGAGAAGAAUGAAAGGGUCAGCACACCAUCAUCUCCUGCCAUGUGCACUGCUACUGAAGACCCUCCAAAGGACGGUAGGUCAAAUCCGCAAUAAAAAUGCAUUGUGAUCGAUACUAUAAUGUUUUUGCUCCUGGCAAAUGUUUCCACUGAAUAGUUUUAAUGUAGAUGUAAAUAAUCGCUUUCCUUUUGAAAGAUGUUUCUAGUGUGUACCUCUCACCUCUACAUAUCCUUUCCACUUUGAGUAAUA